GUUUCAAGGCGCCGUCAGCAUUAAUAAAAACUGGUCGACAGCCAGGUCGCUGCAGGCGUGAGACAUCAAUUCUCUGAUUUUGCAACGCCCCUCUUAAGAAAAGGGAAUGGUCGGGUUUUGAACAAGUGGACCUUUUUGAGUGUGUUUUGCGGCAAAGCGAAAGUGUUUCUGAUCUGAUCACAGCGGCGCAUACAGCUGACGCGGCCACUGGAUGUCCGAAACCAGCUGAGGAACAGCGUAUAGUCAACUUUAUACAAUAAGAAACCACCAAAAACAGCUGGAUAAGAUGGCAUCUGCCAACAAUACUGUCCAUCAGACGCAGGUGCAGAAGGACGUGACCGAUCAGAAUUUUGACUACAUGUUCAAGCUCCUCAUCAUCGGAAACAGCAGUGUGGGAAAAACCAGUUUCCUGUUCCGUUACGCAGAUGACUCCUUCACGUCAGCCUUCGUCAGCACAGUUGGCAUCGACUUUAAAGUCAAAACGGUUCACCGCAAUGAUAAACGAGUGAAACUGCAGAUAUGGGACACAGCAGGACAGGAGAGGUACCGCACUAUUACAACAGCAUACUACAGAGGGGCCAUGGGCUUCCUGCUUAUGUAUGACAUCACCAACCUAGAUUCCUUCUAUGCUGUGCAAGACUGGGCAACUCAGAUUAAGACUUACUCGUGGGACAAUGCACAGGUGAUCCUGGUCGGGAAUAAAUGUGAUAUGGAGGACGACAGACUGGUGGCCACAGAGGACGGCCAGAGACUGGCUAAUGAACUUGGCUUCCAGUUUUUUGAGGCCAGUGCAAAGGACAACAUUAACGUGAAGCAGGUGUUUGAGCGGCUGGUUGACAUCGUCUGUGACAAAAUGAACGAAAGCUUGGAUGGAGACCCCAGCAUGUUAACCAAUCACAAAGGCCCAAGUCUCCAAGACACGCCCCCUGUUGGACAGAGUGUCUGUGGAUGCUAAUGAUCCUCUUUUAACAAACACUCAUACUUCAAGUCAAACAUUCACACACAUGCACACAGCUACAAACAAACACCCACUCCCUGUCUCUCUUAUACACGCAUACACAGGAAGAGAGACUAUUUUACAAGCAUACAUACACAUUAGAACAGCCAAUAUACAGUAUAAUAAGAAACUCCAACCAAACAUUAGGAAUCAGGCAUGAGCCCCUUCUACCACUCCGUUCACUAUCUUCUUACAAUCUCAUUUUAGGCCCCUCAGGGAUUGAAUGAAAUGGGAAAUGUCCUUAGUGUGAUAUUUGGCUGCUGUUACAUUGCACUAUGAUGUCAUAUAUAAAAGGGUGGGAAACCACUGCAUGGAACUGGAUCAGCGGCCAUCAGAAAUGCAUUAUGCCAAAGUCUUAGUUGAAUGCUCAUUACAUUUGCGAUGAGGAUUUGAAACUGCUCCAGGGAUUGUUUACAACGUACACUGAUAAAACGCAUCGGGUUUUGAUUGUGAAAUAGCUUUUAAGUGUUUUUCAUUCACUUGAAUGUACGUAAGAUCAUGUUUGACCUUAAUAUAAUGGAUAAAUCUUUGUUUAAAACAUAUUUCAGUACUUUCCUGGAAACGGGCAGUAAAUACGAUACUUCAUAGGUUGUUUCUUGUUUGAAAGUAUGUCCUAAAGUCAGAUUAUAAUUGUCUUUUCCAUAUGAUUUAAAUGCAAUAAAUGUGCUUACCUGCAGACACUAAAUGUAACCCUAAAAUAACUAAUCAUUUGAGAGAAUUCAUUUGUUUGGAGUGUUUGUGAGUGUGUCCAAUAUCCGUUGGUCUGUACUUUGUAUAAAUCUUGUUCUUGUAAGCAAGUGGUUCUGUGAGGUGUGAACACUUGACACCUACAGAAGAACCAUGUUUAUAGGGCAAACACAUAAACGCUUAACCAGGUAGGACAAAGUGAAAAAACAUUCUAGAUAAAACGGCAUCAUUUAGAAUAAACCACAAGUACUAUUUUCAUCUCCUCACAAUUUACCAAUUUGUCAUCAAUCUGAACUGACAGAAAAUAAUAACAGCUUACAGUUUUGGCAUUGCAAUCAAGGAAAAACAAACUUAAGAUAUGAAUGAAUGAACGUUACAUUUAUAUAGUGCUUUUCUGACACUACAAUCAAAGCACUUUACACAGUGAACAGGUCUCUCUUCAACCUCGACCAGUGUGCAGCAUCCACCUGGUUGAUGUGACGGCAGCCAUAGUGCGAGAGGAGAGAAUAGAGUGAUACAGCCAACUAAUGGAUGGGGAUUAUUAAAGAAGGGCCAAUAGGGGGAAUUUAUCCAAGACACAGGAGUACACCCCUACUCUUUACGGUAAGUGCUCUAGGAUUUUUAACAAUCACAGAGAGUUAGGACCUCGAGUUAACGUCUCAUCCGAAGUAUGGUGCCUUUUUACAGUAUAGUGUCCCCGUCAAUAUACUGGGACCCGCACGGUGAGCCUCCCCUACUGGCCUCCCUAAUACCUGAUCUCUCUCUGAUCAUCAAGUCACGUUCCAUUGAUGCAAAUCUUUCUGUCUCUAUCAAAUUUUGAAUUCUGUAAGGUGAAAGUCCUUUAAAUAA